AUUGGGUAUCCAGCGACAAUACGGAACUGGGCUUCUAUGGAGGCUUCUGUAUUCUUUGGUUUUGCUUGGCAAACAAGUGUUUUAAACUAUUUUAAACAGGACAAAAAAUGGCGGAUGAGGAUGUCAACGGUGACUCCGAUGAAGUGCAGCAAGAAAAGUCACAGAAGAAAGUAGCAAAAUAUGACAGCGGGGCUGCCGAUUUAGAAAGGGUCACGGAUUAUGCGGAGGAAAAAGAAAUAUCUUCUUCCGAUGGGUUCUCUUGCGCUUUAAGUAUAAUUGGAGAUCGACGGAAUAAAGAAGCUGCGGAGAAAAAGGCAAAAGAGAAGGAACUGCUCAAGGUAUCGAUUAAGAAGGAAGACGUCGAUCUCAUCAUGAAAGAGAUGGAGAUAAGUCGGAACCUUGCGGAGCAAACGCUCAGGGAGCACAGUGGAGAUGUCGUAGAAGCACUUAUCACAUUGACAAAUUAAAAGUACGAGACUAACGUGACUCCGUUCGUCACAUUGUAAAUUACAAAGACAGUGCAAACUUGUAAAAGGAGUUUUGGUUAUGAAUAUUUAUUAACAUAAAUUAAGAAACAUGCCAAAAA